AUGCCUGUUGCCAUGGCAUACACCAGUGAACGGCUCCAGCAAGCCAGAGAUUUGUUUCCCCCCAAGUCCAAGUCUGAUGCCCCCUCUGCUGAGCUCAUCAGACAAGCUCAAGGACCACGCUACAACUUACGCCCCCGUGAUGCGAAAAGAAGUGUCGAGAGACACCCUGCCUGGAUUGACAACGACGACUCGGAUAAGGACUACACGCCGCCAAAUGACUCCCGUCUCGGCCCGGAAAAAAAACCCGACUCGCGAGCUAAUUUUCUGCCAUCGCGACCUUCGAAUUUUCCAGUACUUCGUUUUUUCGUCCCCACUCUGGUACGAAAAGAAGAAGGAUCUGGGGUUCGAACCCUCGUGUACAUCGUCUCUCCAGCAUUUGCCUCUCUUUUUCCUUUUGUCCAUUGCCUCGAGCUGCCGCAGCCUGCGCAGCUCUCCGCCACGACGUCUUCCACAAAGCGUCGCAAAGUUUCCCCGGAGCCUCUCAGUAACCCAGGAGAGGCACGACGUCACGGCAGAUCCCAACCGUCUACAUCCAACUUGCCACAGAGUUCUCGCUCCAACUCACGGAGCCAAAGCUCAUCCUUGUCCCCUCGACGCUACGUUCCUGCCCAUCUUCAACAAACCCGCAGUCCUCGAUCUCAGUCUGGUGGCCGUUCGCCGACCCCCGCGACCGCCACCGCCGACCUUACCCUCUCCUCCGACCACUCCGAUAUGCAAUCCGAGCCCCGUGACACCAUCACCGCAAAUGGCGAUGGCCGUGAGCCCUCUCCUGGCGAGAAACGCCCUGCCUCGGAGAUUGAAGACUCCGACCUCGAAGGCGGCGUGAGCACAGUCGGCAAGGGCGCCUCGAACCCGAUCGAUGACCAGGUGGCGCAGGUUUCUGAGCUGAUAGCGAAGCCGCUGAAGGACGGUCAGAAGGGGUUCGUGAUCUCUUAUUCUUGGUUGCAAAAGGUCUUUGCUCGGAGUUCCACUCAUGCCGACAAGGCGAGCAAGGAAGCCCUGGACAGCGAGCUGGGCCCGCUCGACAACACCGACAUCGUCCUUGAUAUCGGCCCCAAAGAUGACUUGAGGGAUGAAGAAGGAGAGGUUUAUGUUCCGAUGCGACCGGGUUUACAAUUCGGCGAAGAUUACGAGAUUGCCCCGCAGGAAGCUUGGGAUCUUAUCAUGAAGUGGUACGGCAUCGCUGAUGGAUCGCCUGUCAUCACUCGCUUUGCUCACGAAACGAAUCCCGAUGGCCCGUCAAAUAUUAUCUAUGAACUCAAUCCGCCCAUCCUCACCGUUUUCAAAGUCUCCAACCCGGCUGCGGGCAUGACCCCAAGGGUCUUGAAGGAGAAGAAUCUCCCUCCAGCAAAAGUGCUGACAGGCCGCCAGACGAAGUUCAUGAAGUGGUUGAAGCAGGCGAAGGAGCUGGCCGGGAUUGACAUCGCGACCAAAGUCCGUGUGUGGAAAAUUGCUGGUGGCAUCCCCAGCGCCAAUGCCUCGACUGCCAACACCCCAGCACCCUCUCGCACUGCGUCGCCCGCACCCCCGGCAGGCCUUAUCACAGCCACACACAAGAACCUUGUUGUCGACCUCAACACAUUCCUAUCCCUCCCUGACUCGAAACGGGAGCUAGUGGAAAUCAAGGAUCAAACGAACAACCCCAACUACAACGGCCGCACCAUGACAGUCACCGUUGCCGGCCUUGGUACAACUGACACUGUUGUACUUGAGGAGGGGGUUGGCAAGGAUGAGUGGGUGUCAGAAGUCUCUGCAAAGACUCUGAAGCGCCUCGGAAUCCCCACUGAACAGCCGAAGAGAGAAGUGGCUUCACCUGCCGCUGCCGUUUUGUCCAUCAAAAGCCCCGCGCCCAGUGGUCGAUCGACUCCAGUCCAAGACUUGCCACAUGGCAAAAAGCCGAAGGGUCACCAAUUGGGUCGCACUGGUCUCACCAAUUUGGGCAACACCUGCUACCUGAAUGCCGCCACACAAUGUAUGCGCGCAGUGGAGGAGUUGAGUAUUUACUUUUUGAAAAGCGGGCACCUACCUGAUCUGAAUGUCACCAACCCUCUGGGAUACCACGGUGACCUCGCUAGGGCAUAUGCACACCUGAUCACUCAGAUGUACCGUGAGCCUGCGUCCAGCAAUUUUUCCCCCACUCGCUUUCGCAACCAGGUUGGUCGCAACAAUCCUAUGAUGGCUGGAUGGGAACAGCAUGACAGCCAAGAAUUCCUUAUGUUUGCCCUGGAUGGGCUUUCUGAGGAUCUCAACCGAGUUCUGAAGAAGCCUUACAUCGAAAAGCCCGAUUCCACGGAUGAGAUGGUGCACAAUCGCAAGGCUUUAGAGAAAUUCGCGAAGGAAUCGUGGGACAACUACAAGGCUCGGAAUGACUCCGUGAUCACGGAUUUGUUUGCUGGCAUGUACAAAUCCACUCUGGUUUGCCCCGAAUGUGAUAAAGUCAGCAUCAUGUUCGAUCCGUUCAGCAGUUUCACUCUGCCCAUCCCUGACCAGCGAAACAUCAUUUGCCGCGAUGUGAUCUUCCUGCCUAUCAAUUCUGCUCCAGUUCGGUUCACCGUUGAAGUCGACAACACUGGUACCGUCAAGAACUUCAAUGACGCGGUCGCCAAGAGAACUGGCAUUCCCGCUGAGAGACUGAUCGGAGCUGAAUUGAACAAUGGCGGCUUCUGGCAAGUUUUUAACAAAGAGCUUUUGUCUUAUCACGAGCUUCGUCUGAAGGCCGAUGAUGCAGUGACCUUUAUGGAGUUGGACACUCCUGUUUCAGAGGAUCGCAUCCUUGUACCCGUGUUCCACCGCAAGAACCAGCCAAUCAAGGGCAACAAGAACCGGCUCCGCCAUGAGCAGUUUGCAUGCCCUACCAUUCUCUCAUUUUCCCGAGAGGAGGCUCGAGACUUAGCCACAAUCUACCGCAAGAUCAUGCGCCAUGUAUCCACCAUGACCACUCGGGAUAUCUUGAACGAGCAGAGCCCGACCGGCCAGCAGUCACAACCAGCUCAGGAUGAACAGGGCGCCGAAGAUUCGGAUACUGUGGUGAUGAAUGAAGAUGAUGCUGAGUCUGUGGAUUCGAAAAUCAAGACAUCAUCCGUCGAAGGAGAUGACAGCAUUGUUGACGUUUCGAUGCAGGAUGCCUCGCCCGCAUCAAGUGCCUCCACCGAGAACACAGAAUUCACCGAUGAUACCCCUGUUCACUCUCAAGCAUCUUCCCUUUCGGAGCGUCUUUUGGGUCUUUUCGAUGUCAAAUACAUGACGACUGAUGAGCCCAUUCCUCGGGGCCGUUCGAUGGACUCUUACAAAGACUACCCAUUGAUCACUUCUCGCGUCACAUCCGAAAUAUCUGAGCAAAACUCCGAGAGUAGCUUCAAUGGCUUUGAUGACGACAACAGCGACAACCGCAGCGUGUCCGACAAAUCCGAAAACUCGGCCACUGGACUGCAGGAUGAGCCGCUUAUUCGUUCUGGCGAGGCUAUCAUCCUUGACUGGACUGAUUCAGCUCGCCACGCUCUAUUUGGCGGUAGCAACAACAAGCGGAACUCUAAGCAAGGAAAGCCCACCUUCAACGAGCCCGAAUUUAUCCACGAUCCCCAAAUUGCCCAGCGCCGUGCCAAGCGUGAGGCCAAGCGCCAGGAGGGAAUUCAGCUGGAGGAGUGCCUGAACGAGUUCAGCAAGGAAGAGGUUCUUUCUCAGAAUGAUGCCUGGUACUGUCCUCGCUGCAAGGAGCACCGACAGGCCAGCAAGAAGUUCGAGCUGUGGUAUGCUCCCGACAUUCUUGUCAUUCACCUUAAGCGCUUUAUGCAACUCGGGUCUGCCAACCGGACCUCUCGAUCGAAGCUCAGCACCUUGGUCCAUUUCCCUAUUGAGAACUUGGACUUGUCGAAGCAUGUGACCGGGCCCACUGAUGGCAAGACAUUUGAGUAUGAUCUUUUCGGCGUUGACUGCCACUCUGGCACCAUGUCUGGUGGACAUUACUUCGCUUAUGCCAAGAAUUGGGUCACUGGUGACUGGUGUUCCUUUAAUGAUACUUCGGCUACUGUCAUCUCUAACCCCGAAGACACUGUCGUCUGUCCUGCAGCCUACCUCUUGUUCUACCGUCGCAAGUCUGCUGGUCCCCUGGGUAGCCCUGAGCUCCAGAAUAUCGUGAACGCCUACCGCAAUGGUACCGCGAAACCCGCCGUCGAGGUCGAGAUGGAGGAGCCACAACAGCAGGAGUCCGAGCCGGAGUCGGUGGAGGAAGCCGAGACCAACCCGAUGAGCAGCGUCUUCAGCCAGCCUUCAUGGUCAUUUAACCGACCUGACGACUCUGCUGAUAACGACCAAGACUUGUUCGGAGAAGACAAUGAUAGCAAUGUCGCCGUCGAAGAUGGCGACUCCGAGCCCGAAGAUCGUCUUCAGGAGCUCGACAACGAAGGUUCCACUUUCGAGGAUGUCCCCACCCUCCUUGGCGAUGGCUCUGACGACGAGCUGCCUGUCGUUGAGCUUCGUGUUGGUGAGGACGAGAAGUAA